CUGCAACUGUCUGAUCAGCACUUUCCGUUCUAUGAUCCUGUUGGCUUUGGAUUUCAUUUAGCGCAGCAGAUGCAGAACAGCCAUUGUGAUCUCCAAAGGCUGGAUGUGUUUAAUGCCAUUUGCCUGAUUGGAUGGCAGGGUGCUUUAACAGUAAAAGGGUCUGUCCUUUGACUUGAGGAUCAAAUUUUGUUUCACUGGCAAACAUUUGCUCUGCUGAGUGUUGCAGAAAACAUUAAAUCGACUAAAUCCCAGUAAACUACCACAAUAUCUGAAUGUAUUAAUGCAUCUACCUGCUCACUGUUGAUUCUGUGGCCUUUGUAACCUCCUCUCCGGCCACGUUUCCUCCACACUAAGUGCCCUCCCUUCCCAGUGUUGCUCCAGUAACUUCUUGGCGAGCUCUUCUAAAAGGCUUAGAGCAAACAGGAUUAGCGAGCAUUAAAAAAUCCCCUUCUCUCCAGGAGCCAUCUGCCUAUCUACCUGAGCCAGGAGCUGUCCUCUCAGCACCAUGGGACACACCUCUCUUCUGCAGGAAGCCAGUGUGUCAUAGUGUCGUCAAAUGAUUUCUGUAGGGGCUUCUGUUAUUUUUCUGCGUCUGGAGACUUCUGAACUAUGCAAACUUGUAAGAAGCUGUUCACGUUGCUGUUCCAUGACUUGAGAAGGAGUACAUAUCUACUUGAUGCUUUUCCAAGCCGACGGAGUUGAACACAAUCACGGAUUUAACAUGAGCAUCGUAUCUUGGAGAUGCGUUUUCUACUCUGUCGUAUUUAGUUUUGUGGUCGUAUUUUUGGACAUAAGGACAGAUGCAACACUGGAAGGUUCCUCUAUGGGUUACCUGCGUCUGCCUUAUAGUCAGGAGCCUGUGCCUGUAUCUCACGAAGCAGUUCUCUCUCGACGGAAACGCAACAUCCUUUUCCCAAGUGGAGUCAAACUUUGUGCCCAAGAGACCGCCCAGCAGGUUGUUGCAAACCAUCUGAGCUACUUUCAGCUCAGAGUGUGCCAGGAGACCAUAUGGGAGGCUUUCAAGAUCUUCUGGGACCGCCUGCCAGAGCAAGAAGAGUACCAAAGCUGGAUGAGUCAGUGCCAGGAGGGCACAGUCACGACACAAGAUAUUGGCACCUACUUUAGCCAAUCAGAGGAGCACCAGGCUCUGGUUAAAAAGAGAAUGUCACGGCCUGGUGUGAAAAGUGAGCCCACCAGGUCCUGGCAACAUAUGUGCAGCACUCUGACAACAGACACACCGGAGGCUGCGGCGGCUCCUGAGCUGGAAGACACAGAGGAAGCAGCUGUCUCUGUCCCAGAGGUAGAGGAGAAUCCACUGGACAAUGACAUAGCCGUGGAGCCUCCUACCCCGGCUGUGCUGGAGCAGGUGGUGGAGCUCAGUAUCCUCUUGACCGGAGAGAAUUACAGCGACAACCUCAAAGAUCCAGCCAGCCUCCAGUACCAAACACUCAGCAGACAGCUUGCUGAAAAGAUAGAGGCUGCUCUGGAGGGGCUUCCUGGAUUUAAGAGUGUGUCUGUGCUGGAUUUCAGACCCCAAAAGGACACCCAAGGGCUGGAUGGUGUCGUGGUGGACUAUGCUGUCACAGUUGUGGUGGACGGAGCAGGAGUGAGCACUGAACAACUGGACUACCUGACCUUGCAGUCGAACCUGGUGGAAAAUUCAUACCGUGAGAUCAUGGAGCGCUAUACGGUGGUCUACACCAUCAGCGAGGUCAAGAACUUUGUCACCGAAGCCCUGCAUAAGGUCGAGCUGGAGAGUGUGUCUGAGGUCCCUGAGUCUGUCAACACUGCAGACGGAGCCAUGAUUGAUGACGCUGCUGAGCAACCAGAGGUUGUGAUCCUAGAAGAGAACGCUGAAGAUGUCAACAGAGAUGAUAUCCUGCCCGAGCUCUUUGAAACCAGCACAGUGGCGACAGCAGAUAUGGACAUCAUUGUUCUAGAGGAGAGUGCAGUUGUGCCUCCAGCUCCUGUCCUGACCACUACUGCACCUGAAGCUGGCAGCUUUGAAGAAGAGGGUCUGUUGCUGGAGGACACUGUGCAGACUCCUGCUGUAGAAAACCCUCCACCAGAGGAGCUCCCAGCUGAGCUUCCCUCCCCUGAGCUGCCAGAGGGUGUCACACUGCCUGAACCACCAGUGGAAGUCGAGGCCUCUGGUUCUGGCGCAGAUGACUUGGAGGACCUGCUCCAGCCAUCUACACCCACAGCAGCAGCAGCAGCAGCAGCAGAAGAAGAGUCUUUUGAGGAGACUGGUUCAGAAGAUGGGCUGGUAACAGAAGAUGUCACCAUAAAUGCAGAUGUUGUGUCUGAAGCUGUAACAGCAGGAGUUGAUGUUGUGGCAGUGGGAGAAGAACCUACUAUUACAGCUGUGGAAGAGGAGCAUCCGGAUGAGGUUGUUGUGAAUGAAGCAGAGAUUCCAGAGGAGCUUGAGAUCUCCACAAUUGCAGCUGAGACCACAGAAGAAGAAGGCCUGCCCGCCCUAGUCCCACCUCCUGAGUCUGUAGAUGUAGCGGGUGAAGCAUCAGAGCCGGAGGCGGCAGAAACCGGUCUGCUUCCUCUUGAUGAAGACUCUGUGGAGGUCACAGAGGAAGAGUCAAACCUCACAGAUGUUCCACUUGAUAAUGAGGAAGUUUACCCCAUACAGCCUGUGGAAGACGAAGACGUUAAUGUGGUGGUGACCUAUCCUGAGGAACCUGUAUUUGAAGAGGCUGGCAUGGAGGAAGCAACAGAGAGCGAGGGACAAGAGGUGAAGGAAGAGACGUUACCCGAAGCUCCAGCUGUAGAAGAAGAGACCACAGCAGCUCUAGAGAUCUCGACACAGGAUCUUACAGAGGAUGAGAUCUUACUGGUCAACGAGGAUGAACCAAAACCACCAGUGACAGAUUUUGUGAGCCCUGCUAAACCGACUGCCCUGUCUCCAGAGAGGGAGUCGCCUUUCACUCGUAUCUCUGAUGUAGACCCUGCCAUUGAGGGGCAACCGGACAUCAUCAUCCCUUCACUGGUGGAGAUCCAGACCCCUAAUGAAGGCUUGGAUGAUGCCACCAUCGGGGACCAGGGCUUUGACGUGAUCCAUUAUGGUUUUGGUUUAAUAAACCACACAGAGGAGGGCAGCACUGGCUUUCCAUUUGGCGUGGCACACGGCACAGACCAAGCCAGUAUCGCCAUGCCUGUGAACCCUGGACGAGCACUGAUGGUGUUCUUCAGCCUAAGGGUGACCAACAUGAUCUUCUCAGAUGAUCUCUUUAACAAGAGCUCCCCAGAAUACAAAGCUUUGGAGCAACGCUUCCUAGAGCUGCUUGUGCCCUACCUGCAGUCCAACCUGAGUCACUUUGAGAACCUGGAGAUCUUGAACUUCAGGAACGGGAGCAUUGUGGUCAACAGCCGGAUGAAAUUUGGCAAGCCCGUGCAACAAGGCGUCACCACCACAGUCUAUCUGAUCCUGGAGGACUUCUGUAAUACAGCUUACCAGACCAUGAACCUGGCCAUCGAUAAGUACUCACUGGACGUUGAGUCGGGUGACCAGGCCGACCCCUGUAAGUUCCAGGCGUGUAACGAGUAUGCAGAGUGUAAGGUGAACAAGUGGUCAGGGGAGGCGGAGUGUGUCUGUAAUGCUGGCUACUUCAGUGUGGACAGCCUGCCCUGUCAGAGUAUCUGUGAGCUGCGAAAUGACUUCUGCCUCAAUGACGGCAAGUGUGACAUCAUCCCUGGCCAGGGAGCCAUCUGCAGGUGUCGCGUCGGGGAGAAUUGGUGGUACAGAGGAGAGCACUGUGAGGAAUACGUAUCCGAGCCGCUGGUGGUCGGCAUAGCGAUUGCCUCCGUAGCUGGAUUCCUAUUGGUGGCCUCCGGAGUCAUCUUUUUCCUUGCCAGGACGUUACGAGAUCAGUAUGACAAGGAUGAGUCAGAGGACCCCAUACGGCGAGCAGAGAGCCUCCCAUCUCUGGAGAGGGCGACAAAGUAUAACCCCAUGUUUGAGAGUGAAGCCACAACAGGCUACAGCCACUACUACCGGCGCUAUCCUGAAGCUCCUGUGUACAGUAGCGCCAGUGCUGAGGCCUCCACUGACUUCAGCAGCGAGGAGAUACGACACAUCUAUGAGAACAGUGAACUGACAAAGGAGGAAAUCCAAGACAGGAUACGCAUUAUCGAGCUCUACGCUAAGGACCGGCAGUUUGCAGAUUUUGUACGGCAGCAUCAAGCUGUCGUGGAUACCUGCAGAGAGAGCUCCUCUGCACAGACAUGAAAAUCUCCUGUGAACAAGAAACAUGUGAAGACUCUCCACUUGCUCACCAUGGCACUCUGGACUGUUUAAGAUGGACUGCAUUCAGCCCACUGAUCUUUAUUUUCUAGACCAACUCACAACAUCAACCUCUCUGUGUCUGCAUAUGUCCCUGCCUGUGUGGGCAGACUGUUCUUCCUCCUUCCUCGGUGCCUUCUCUUGACUGGGUGAGCUGGCUGUGACAUCAAGGGUCGUGUUUGCUGCUCAUCUACUGGACGUCUCCCUUUGGGGAAAACUGGACCGCAUCCUAUUACUUGAAAUGUUGUCAGACACCUAACAGUAUUGUGUACAGUGGUACUUUUGCUUAGUGAAAUCAUACUCAUAUCUGUCCAUUCUUAAAGGGAAGAACUCCAAACUGUGAAUAUGUAUAUAGUUUUGCUUAUAGUGUUUUAUAUAGUGUUAGGAUGUUUGAUAGUUAACAUAUUGUUGUAAAUAGUUCUUCACUAUUUUGUGUCUACAAAGCUCAAAAUUACUCUUUAGGUCUUCUCAGAGAGAGCUGCUCUUUAUUAGUCAAUGGUGCUAUCUUACUUUUAAAUACUCUUUGAAAUGUAGUGGUCUCUAUUUUUACAAUUCAAAAGCAACAGCAAUGGAUCAACUCUAUAUAUACUAUUGUACAUUAAAGGAAUAGUUUAACAUUUUGGGAAAUACGUGUGUUCCCUUUCUGGUGGAGAGUUAGAUUGAACUUUCAUAUCUGUUGGGUAAAAUAUGAAGCUACAACAAGCAGCCGUUAUCUAAGCUGUAACCUCUUUGGUAAGCCAAGUUAAACUCCUGCCUGCUGUAGCCCUACAUUAAAUGUACAGGUAUGAAAAGGGCAUCGAUCUUCCACUCAACUCCGCCAGAAAGCAAACAAGAAGUAUUUCCUAAAAGGUUGAUUUCUAAUUCUUUAAGGAGGCCAAAUUUAGUGUCAGUGUAUGUACUAUACUGUUCAUCAGUGUAAAAGCAGCUUUUCACAAUCUGAAUGUUUUACCAGCUAUUUCCCUAGUGGCAGGUGAUUUUUCUGCCUUUUACAGCUGUAUGUUUGUAAAUGUAUGGCGUGGUAGACAUGACAAAGUGAAAACAGUGGCGAUAGGAGAAAGGCAGAGAGCAUGAACCCUUUAUAGCUCUGGGAUCCAGAAAUAAGUGAAAACACGUUUCAGUGGAAAAACGCUGUGGGGCAAGCGGCCCAGGGAUUUGAUCAAAUGGACUGCUUUCAGAUGUAAUGCAACUGAAAGAACAGGAGAACCAGGAAAGGCAAGCUGAUAAACAACAUGUGCUCUGUGGAAAGACAACCUCAAGCUGCAUCUCCUGCUGAAAGAACGUCAAGGUUACCAACAGUUCUUAAAAAAAAACAAUCUGCCCUGUGACUACUUGUUUGGCCAUGAUCCUGUUCCUCGAUCUGGAAAUUCUAAUAGACUAAUUCCAGUGUUUUCUUUGGUAUUGUCAUGUUCCUCCCUGGACUCGUGCUUGAUCCUUGUUCUCCCUUGAGAGGACCCUCACAGCUGCAGCCGAUUACAAUUUGUAGGUUUCCGCUUGUUGUCGGACAGCGUGGCGGUCAGUCCUCUCACUAGGUCAGAGUUAGACACGUAGAUCAUGUCCUAGCUACUUGUUUACAUUUCACGCUUCUUGCCCUUUGCUCUUAUUUUAGGGGUCUACACAAGCGAAAAACACCGGUGAAGCAGACACUUGUCACAGUGUCAUGCCUUUUGCAAUCUGCAUUUUCCAAUUUAUUUUUAUUUGCAUGCUUUUUUGUGUCUGCAUUCAGUUUUUGUCAACAUCCUCCAUCUGCCACCUGGACAAACAUCCCAUACAGUGUUCUGUCAUGUAAAUAACAUUGAAGACGUUAACAGUUGUAGGAUGUAAAUCAUGUGUGUCUCAACUGUUUCAAUAUAUGAACAACUUUUUAUACUGAUAACUGUUUCACCACUUUAACAGUGUUAUCAUACCGUGCAGCUGUGUAAAUUACUACCAACAAAUUGUAACAUGUACAAAAAUAAAAUGUUUUAUAUGAAAUGCA